GCGCUUGGGGAAGUUAGAGGUAUCAAGAGAUUUGGACAUGCUUUCUGUCCUUUGGAUGAAGCACUUUCACGUGCAGUGGUUGAUAUUUCCGGUCGACCAUUCGCCUGUAUUGAUCUUAAUCUUCAGCGACCUAGUAUCGGUGAGGGCGAUUGA